ACACGUACCUAUAAUAAAAUGCUUAUCAGAAAAAAAGUGUAUUCAAAGUCUAAACGGUGACCACAACAUGUUUUCCACUAAAUUCGCUGUAAAUAGUAUACUCAUACUAUUUUUCGUAUCAGCUGCCCUGUCCGAUACGGUGCCCAAUGAUAUUUCCAACAGUUGGAAAAAAGCCGUUAAUCGUGUAUUAAUGGCAUGUGUGGAAGAAGACAAUAAUGGCAUCACGCCUUACGAUGUUGAGGAAAUGGUUAAAUCAUGGAACAUACCCGAGUCGAUGAAGUGCUUUAUGGACUGUGUGUACAAGAAAAAUCAUUUUGUUGACGAAAACGGACAUUUUACUGACGAACUCCUUGAUUAUAAAGGAAUAACAAAAGAAAAUAUGCAAGCGUGCGAAGAUGCUGUACAAACUUCAAGCAAGGAUUCAUGCGACAGGGUAUACGAUUUUUGCAAGUGUAUCGUCCAGGACAUAAAGGACAAAAAUUGAUCUGCGUUUAUUUAAAAUUAUUUACACGUUAACAUAGAAGGUGUCGGGUUAAAUUUGCUUACCAUUUUAGCGAAUAAAAUGUGAUAAUAGAAAAA